AUGCACCAACACGUGUACGAUCGUGGUCCCUCCCAACCAUUCAAGGCUCAUUACCGCCCUCGCUUACCAGAGUCCCAUGGCGUCGUCGAAAGCAGCAAUUACUUCUCCUCGCCCUCUCGUUACCAGCCUAACUCACAUGUCGCUCCAUCUGUACAGGUCCACUCACAUCCCCCACUUGGUCGUGAGACUGAUGUGAUGCUCGAUGAUUUCGACAAGCAGCUUCUCGCCGAGAUUCCGCAAGACAAUUCAGUAGCGCGCUACGACCGUUCACGAACUUCAUUGCCUACACCUCGUCGGCUCGAUGGUGGAAGGAGUAGGUAUCAGUUCGAACAAGCCUUCAUGGACGACUUGCAUGAUGUUUCAUUGCCCAUCGAUGGUCACGGGUCGUCUGUCAACGAUGUCGCCUCCAGUCCGAUAGUGGCAGCUCUCCAGCAGCGGCGGUUCUAUCAGUCAGCUUCGCACGGCAGCAGACGGACGACCGAGCCUUCUCAGGAUGUGAAUCAGUUCAACGCUUACCAAGGUCCAGUAACAGCCUCUGCCCAAAGUACGAAGCGACAAUACUCGCCGCCAGCUCAGGGUCAGGGCCAUAGUAAGAGACGCAAUACCAGAUCCUCGACCCAGGGUGAUGACUCAAUGCUACCGUUGGGCCACCCUCCGCCAGUCAUGCGUGGGAUUCAACUAGUUUGUACCGUGGACCUUCCCGGCAAGAUAAGAACUGUCUUCCCAUAUGAUGUGCUGAACGCUGUGCAAUCCAAGUGCUACCCAGCAGCAUUUGAAUCAGAUGAUAACCUUGUCGUUUCUGCCCCCACAGGCAGUGGUAAAACAGCAAUCAUGGAGCUCGCCAUAUGUCGUGUCAUUCUGGCCUCCAACAAUCAAGACUUCAAGAUCGUCUAUCAAGCCCCUACCAAGUCUCUCUGCAGCGAGAGGUAUCAGGACUGGGACCAGAAGUUCAGGCUCCUUGGUCUUGACUGUGCUGAGCUGACCGGAGACACAGAGGGAGGCCGUCUCAGGAAGGUUCAGCAGGCCAGCAUCAUAAUCACGACCCCUGAGAAGUGGGAUAGCAUCACCAGGAAAUGGCGAGACAAUAAGAAGCUUGUGCAGAUGAUCAAGCUGUUCCUCGUUGAUGAGGUCCACAUGCUCAAGGAUCAACGGGGUGCCACUUUGGAGGCGGUCAUCUCGAGAAUGAAGUCUUUUGGCACCUCGGUACGCUUCAUUGCCUUGUCCGCAACAGUGCCCAACUCCGACGACAUUGCUACCUGGCUAGGCAAGAACUCCGCCACGCCUGAAGUUCCUGCGAUGCGUGAGGUUUUCGACGAAAGCUUUCGGCCAGUCAAGCUUCAAAAGCACGUAUACGGAUAUCAGUACGGGGCAAAUGACUUUGCAUUUGACGGCGUUCUCAGGAAACAUGUAUCAGACAUGAUCGUCGCUCACAGCAAAAGCAAGCCCACAAUGGUCUUCUGCGUGACACGGAGAUCCUCUGGGCAAACAGCAAAUGAUCUAGCCGCAUUCUGGACCACCGCUUCCCCCAACCAACGUCCCUGGCCUGCUCCCAACAGACCAAUAUUGGUACAGGACGGGGACUUGCGCAAGGUUGUGGCCACCGGCGUUGCUUUUCACCAUGGCGGAUUGUGUCCAGCGGACCGAAAUGCUGUUGAGCAAGGCUUUUUGCAGGGCAACAUUAGCGUCAUUUGCAGUACGUCGACUUUGGCAGUGGGCGUCAAUUUGCCCUGCUAUCUAGUCGUGUUGCAGGGAACAAUGACUUGGAGUGGCGCAAAUGGCCUGCAAAGCUAUUCAGACCUUGAAGUCAUGCAGAUGCUUGGGCGUGCUGGUCGACCGCAGUUUGAGAAUUCAGCCUGUGCGGUAAUACUAACGCGUGACUAUCAAGUGGAACACUACAAAAAGAUGGUUUCUGGUCAAGAGCUACUAGAGAGUACGCUCCACCGCAACCUGAUUGAGCACCUCAAUGCAGAGAUCGGCCUCGGUACUAUUUGCGACAUGGAUUCCGCCAAACGUUGGCUGUCCAGUACUUUCCUGAAAGUCCGUGUCCGCCGCAAUCCGGCUCACUACCAGUUAGAAGGUAGCGGUGAGAGCUUAGAUGUCGAAAGUCUCAUGCAACACCUCUGCGAAAAAGAGAUCAAGCUACUGCUAGGAGUUAACCUCAUCGAAGACAUAGGCAGUAUCAAAUGUACCGAACUUGGCGAGGCCAUGGCAAGGUACUGCGUCAGGUUCGAAACGAUGAAGACCUUCGUCGCGAUACCGCCGCGGGCGAAGUUGUCCGAGAUCCUGUCCAUCUUGACACGAGCAGCGGAAUUCGAAGGAAUACGCGUCCGCAGCGGCGAAAAGGCUUUCUACAAAGAACUCAACAAGAGGGCUGAGAUUAUGUUUCCGGUCAAUGUCGAUAUUGCGCUCCCAAGUCAUAAAGUCUCGACCAUAAUUCAAUGUGAGCUUGGAGGCGCCUCAUUGCCGGACGGCGAUAACCAUAGGAAGCAUUAUCAGCAGUACACCACAGACAAAUCCAUCAUCUUCGGUCAUGUCGGUCGCCUUAUUCGGUGCAUGAUUGACUGUCAACUCCAUCUCAAAGACGCGGUAUCGGUUCGCAAUGUCCUGGAGCUAGCUCAAAGUCUCGCAGCCAAAGCCUGGGACAGUACUCCUCGUCAGUUGAAGCAGCUGCCCGACAUUGGCGAUGUCUCUUGCCGCAAGCUAGCAUCUCGCGGUAUCAAUAGCAUCGAAAAACUGCUUAACAGCGAGCCUCAUCAGAUUGAACUGGCCCUUGGUCGUGCACAAUUCUUUGGCAACAAGCUGUUGAACAAGCUAGCCAAUUAUCCGCAAUUGCGCGUCUCUGUCAAAGAGAUGGGCAGAGAUACCAAGCCAGGCAAGGGUGCCAACCUCAAGCUAAAGUCGGAGAUCGGUUUCUUGAACGAGAAGCUUCCAACGGAGUUCAACAGAUCUCCCAUCUAUGUCUGCUUUCUGGCCGAAGACUCCGAAGGGACUGUGAUUGAGUUCCGACGCUUUGGGGCCCAGAAGCUGGGCACCGGAGAGGAGAUAUUCUUCACGGCCCAUCUAGACAGGCCUAUCACUUACAUCCGGUGCUAUGUUGUGUGUGACGAGAUUGUUGGCACCCGCAGAUACGCUGAGUUUGUGGUCAGGGACAUCCCUCACAGUACUUUUCCGGCCGGCACCAAACCUUUGAGCACCCAACCAAAACGACCGGUUUCCCAAAAUCUGCUGACGACCGAACACAAGGCUGGCUUUGAAGAUGAUGGCAUUGGUGACGAAGAUCUGCUUGCUAUCCCUGCCCAUGGCGACAUUGACGUUGUCGACGAUAUUGACGACUUGCUCCUCGCCGCUGAGAAGAGCACGCAGGCCGCGGAAGGGACGAAGGUCGGUCGAAAGACCUCGAUGAGAAGCGCUACGGGAGAACAGUCAGAGUGGCGUGAGUCGACGCAGCUACCAAAUGGUCGUUGGACAUGCCGACAUUCCUGCAAAGAGAAGGGCGUCGAAUGCAAGCACAAAUGCUGCCUCGAGGGUGUCGCCAAGCCGAAGAACAAAACCGGUAAAACCGCCAAAAUCGUGGACGCUACCGACAAACAGCAGAAGAUAACAUCUAUGACCAGUGCUGUCAGGAAGGGCUCAGACUCUCAACCAGCGCCCGCGGAUGCCACACAGGAACCGGCUGUUCCAGCACCAAAACAGGCAAGGAGAAUCAAUUGCGGGACAAGUACGGAGGGCCAGAUGGCAAGGAAAGCACUUGUUGGAGGCGGAAGACGUCACCAACUCGGGGCAUCUGGCGAAGCGUCUAACGGAAUGCCACACCGAGCGCAUCACGAGGACGCCCUCGAUAUCGAGGAGGACUUUUGUGAUCCCAUGGAGUGUGAUUGGGGUCCGAGCGGCUCUACUGGUAAUUUUGACGAUGCCGAAUCAAGAGAGGCCCAGGCGCUGGCUCUGAAGAUCGACGACGCUCUUCGCACUACUCACAGUCUAGAGGCUCCAAUACCGCACGUGUCGAUGCAAGAUGUACAGAGGCAGCCAGAUCGGCCAUUCUUUGUUACAGGCCAAAGCAGCAGCCCAGCCAAAAAUGCUACACCAGCCGGUCCUGGGCUUGAUCACAUGGAUGACUCUCAGUUCUUGGCAGACAUGUUUGCUGACGAGCCGAGCUUUGGUAAAGAUGAUGAGCCCAUCACUGGUCAAGAUGCUGGCUCUGCUCGUUUGUCCACCAGACCCGCUGAGCCUGAUCACAGCUCGCCCGACAAGACAGUGUGCGAAGCUGCGCCGCAAGAACAGGUGUAUCAGUCAACAAUUGAGCUGUUCCCGGAAGAGACAGAAGAGCAGCGUGAGAAGCGCCUCUGGGAGGCUGACCAGAAGCGUAGGUGGGCGGAGUUUCCUGACUGGAUGUUUAAGCAGUUCGGACACUGCGCUGAACUGGUUGACUAG